GAACGAGCUGGGGCAGUCGUCUACGAUGCAGCUCGCAGGAAGCUCUCCGUCCCUGGCGCGGGCCGGGUCGAGGUGGAGGCCGCAAUUGCCUCCCAGUGGUCUAUCGCCAAGGAGGAGCAGCUCCUUUUUCAAGAGUCAGCUGCCGAGGUGGGCACCGUUUUCUACCGCUUGGAACGGAAGAUGAAUGCAAAGAAGAUCAGGUUCACGCAAAGCAGUAUCAGUCCCGUUUUCCGGAAUGGCCAGCCAAUCUUCAAGCUUCUGAAUGACCUGAACGCCCGAGCU